ACUCAAGCAGCCAAUCAUGGCAUUUGUCAUAGACUAUAGAUUACUUUCCAACAUGGCUGUCCAUUGUAUUGAGCGGAUACAAAGCUAAUCGAAAUGGAUAUAAAAUAAAUAGUAAAUAAUGAUAGUAAUAGUACCAUUUAAAAAUUUUAACGGAACAUUUAACUAUUCCGCCGCUUUGGGUAUAAUAUAAUGCCUUGUUGGGCUCGUCAGUUCAGUAGUACGCGGCAUGCUAGCCUUUGAACUAGGUUAGCUAAGGGUAGCAUAGAUUAAUGCCAGUCCUGCUCCUAAAUUACAACUUGUUUCUCUAUAAGUUGAAGCAAUGUUGGGGUUUCUGACAGCAAGACAGUCUGGUCUGGAUGACCCUUUGCGACUGAGACGUGCAGAAUCAACAAGACGAGUCCUCAGUCUGAAGUUAAACCCUGAUAGAGAUGUAGACCGAAUCCAUGGAAAUGGCAUCAACACCAUUGACAUCGAAGCAGUAGAGGGCAGAUACAUGUUGUCUGGAGGUUCAGAUGGAGUGAUAGUUAUCUAUGACCUGGAGAACUACAAUGGGAAACCACAGUACACCUGCAGGGCAGUCUGUACAGUAGGCAGUUCCUUUGACAAGACGAUGAAGGUUUGGGACACUGAGACAUUAAAGCCUGCUGAAGUCUUUGAGUUUGAGGGCAAUGUCUAUAGCCACCACCUCUCCCCCAUUGCCAGGAAGCACAGUCUCAUUGCAGUUGGCACCAAAAACCCUAAAAUCCAGCUGUGUGACCUGAAGUCUGGUUCACGUAUUCAUGUUCUUCAGGGUCACAGAGCAGAAGUCCUGUCUGUGCAAUGGUCGCCCAGAUAUGAGCACAUUUUGGCCACUGCCAGUGCAGACAGCAAAGUGAAAGUAUGGGAUGUGCGUCGGGCUUCUGGUAGUCUUUUCACUCUGGACCAGCACAAUGGAGACAAGUCAAAAGCUUCUUCUGAGGCAGUAAACACAGCCCAUAAUGGCAGAGUGAAUGGCUUAUGCUUCACUGGUGAUGGCCUAUAUCUCCUCACCACUGGAACCGAUGACCGUAUGAGGCUAUGGAAUAGUGCCACAGGAGAAAACACACUGGUAAAUUAUGGGAAGGUCUGCAAUGAGAGCCGUAAAAGACUCCAGUUCACGGUGUCACGUGGCUGCAGCCCAGAGUUUGUGUUUGUGCCAUGCGGCAGCUCAGUGGCGGUGUAUACCCUCCACACGGGAGAGCUGGUCACUAUGCUCAGGGGUCACUACAACAGUGUCGACUGCUGCGAAUUCCACCCAGACUACCAGGAGCUGUAUAGUGGAGGUAAAGACUGUAACAUCCUGGCAUGGGUUCCUGUCCUUCAUACCUUGGAUGUGGAAGAAGAGUCAAAUAAGGGGGCUGCUGGCCAGUCUUCAGUGAACCCUGCCUUUCAGGACGCAUGGAGCAGCGAUGAGGAUUAAUGCUGGUGUUUUGUAUGUGGACAAAGUGGACACACAGGUGUCUGAGCAUGCGCAUGAGUGCACAUUCUUCACAAUAAAGCUGUCAGAAAUGGGCAGGUCCAGAGACAACUCUAAAGAUUAAUACAUGUUUAGGAAAAUGUCUCCUUUUUGUCAUUGCAGAUAAAUACAAGAGCCUUAAAAUUAAAAUGUGUAAAUAAUUGUGACUUUAUAUUCAGUGGUUUUGUACAUUUGGUAUACAGAUGUUGCGAUUUUUAUUUGAAUGUAAAGCUACUGUGAUCCUUGGUUGUACUCACAGAGCAAAACUGCCAUUGUUUUGUCAAUUUUGAUAUGAGAAGAGCAGACUCCUGGAAGUCAUUCUGAGGCUUCAUGCAGAAAUAAAAAAUGUAUC